UUCGUGAUUCUCAUACCAGACGAGCGCUGUGUCGGCAAGGAAAAACAUAACAUUACACAAUUGUGCAGCCCAGUUCCAACCGUUAUAACGGCUCCCCCUUCGGUAGUUCGUGAGCCACUCGUCGACAUCUUCUCCGGCUUUUCCUCCGAAAGUGAGUGGCAUCCGGUAGUACCGCCACGUAAAACCCGGUGCUGGCCUUGGAGCCGCGUCAGAGCCUUCGGAAACCUGGUGGCAGGCGUCUUCAGGCAUGUCAGGUUUCAAACAAAUUUUUAAAGAUAACUUCGCCCUUCCAAACGUUUCGACGUUCCUGCGUUAUCUAACAGCAAUAGCUGCGAUAUCUGAUAACAAGCAUGCCCACAUUUAUUCAAGCUGGCAUCGUCUUCCUAUUAUUGUGUUGGACGUGGUGCAUUGUUCAAGCAUGCAAACACAACGAGCACAAAGUCAAGUGCUAUCAUCAUGUGGGCGUCCCCGGAGAUCUGUGCCCAGGAGUGAAGAGAUGGCCAUGCAGCGGAACGAAGAAAAGGUGUGCAUGUGUCCCGGGAACAUCCCAGAGGUGGGACGGCUACUGCGUCCCGCACAGAGACUGCGUCUUCAGGACCCACCAACCAGAUAA